AUGCCCGUCAAACUUGUCUUCGGCGCCGGCGGCAUCGGUUGGACUGAGAAAAGCUUCACUUACACGUGGGAUACGGAGGAGAAAGUCACUUCGCUCCUCGAUACUCUCGAAACACUCGGCCUCAACGAGCUAGAUUCGGCAGCUUCCUACCCACCCGGCAACCCAUGGAACACGGAAACGCUGUUGGGACAGAGCAAGGUCGUCGAACGGGGCUUUGUGGUCGACUCCAAGAUCCUUGGAGCCCGUGGCCCUAUGCUUACCGACGAGCGUAUCUCUGCGAGCGUGGAGAAGACUCUCCAGCUGCUCGGUGCCAAAAAGGUGAGAACGAUGUAUGCUCACUUCUUUGAUGAGCACACGCCGAUCGCAGAGACGGCCAAAGCCUUUGACAGGCAGUAUCGGGAGGGGAAAUUCGAACGCCUGGGCCUGUGUAGCUACCCCCCUGCCAAACUAUCAGAAUACUUCUCAGUCUGCGAAGCCAGUGGCUACAUCAAACCCACUGUCUACCAGGGUGAAUAUAAUGCGCUGGCGCGGGAUGAUGAGGCUGAUCUCAUUCCUCUCCUACGUCAACACAACUGUGCUUAUUACGCCUACAGCCCUCUGGCCGGCGGUUUUCUUACGGGGAAGGUCACCUUCGCGGUCAAUGCCGAGUCUGAGCUCCACCGAACACGCUUUCACGGGGCCAGCGCAUUCAAGGCAUACGUCGAUAAGUAUGACAAUCAAAAGAUGCAUGAUGCCAUCAAACAGCUCAAAAAAGUGUGUGAUGAGGAAGGUGUGAGUCUGCAGGAGGCGAGCUUAAGAUGGUUGGUCUGGCAGUCGAAGCUAGGUGAAGGAGAUGCAGUGAUCUUGGGGGCGACGAAGGAGGGUCAACUUGAGAGUAAUGUCAAGGAUGCCAGAAAGGGGCCGUUAGGGCAAAGGGUGAAAGAGGCUGUUGAGGAGCUACUGAAGGACCACGGGAAGUUGUGA